UCGAAACAAACGGAGGCUUUUAUACUUAACGAUAUUAUACAAUCUCUCUGAUAGAUUUAGCAGCUGAGAUGUACCACAUAAAAUUAAGAGAGAAUGACUCUUGUACGUGAAAGAAAUGCUUGUGCCAUGCUCCCCCGUAAAUCUUUUUAUCGCGCGUGUACACUCGAUGACUCGAUGACUCGAUCCAUUUGUGCAGCAAGAAGCGAUCGGAGAACAGAGACCUCGUUAAACUGUAACCAAGUGUCAUAUUCCGAUAACCCAACUCGGCUCUUAAGGAGGGUCCACAUUAUCGAGCAGAACCGCGAGCCGAACUUCGCCGCGAACCGACAUUGUCGAGCCGACAAAGUUCGGCUCGAUAAUGUGGACGCAUGAUCGGUUCGCGGCAAAGUUCGGCUCGCGGUUUUGCUCGAUAAUGUGGACCCUCCUUUACAGUCUCUCGACUCUCGACGCGCGACGUCUCGGACUCGGACGACGCGACGUCUCGACGGAGGUCGAUAAAGAAAUGUGCAGACGCAAAGAGCGGGAGCUCUGGUUAAUGUUGCACGCACAGGAAGCCAAGCGAGGACGUUUACUCUCGUCUGCCGUACUUGAAAAGUUAAUGACUACGGACUGCGCGCUACGAUUGAGUCAUUGAGUGCCGGUCAAACGGAAAACGUUGCACGCCGCGUCGCGCUGCUCUCAACCGUGUCUCAACGAAAUCGCUCGUCGCUCAAUCGCUGCACGGUCCACCUUGUUUUCCACGAUACGAUACACGUAUGUACACGUGUCUGUCACGCGAUUGUCAACCCAUCUACGUAAUACGUAUAUGGUGGUAUACCGUUGAGAGAGAGAGAGAGAGAGAGAGAGAGAAACAAGGAAGAAAAAAAAGAAUCGAAGAAUCUGAAUUACGACAUUUUAUUAUUACUCUGCUCCGCAAGAUCAUGUCCCUUGAUCCUACCAAUCUCGAUUUUGGAAUAUUUUAUUUCGGUCUUUUACACAAUUUUUGUCUUUAAAACGUAGAGCGUACAUAUAUUAUAACUUAUUAUUUAACACUGUAUUGUUUUGACGAUGUUUUGGAUUUUUAACGAUGGGUAAUAAAUGAGAAAAAUAUUUUUCGAGAGAGAAAUGAUCAACAUCAGAAUCGGGUCUUGGAUUUUUCCGCUAUCGAGGCCUCCCGCCUCCGACUCCAGGUCGUCGUCGUCGGCGCCGUCUGAAGGAGAGCAUCGUGAUGAGUCGUCUCGCCCUCUCGCCAUUCGGCGCCGUCAAAGUCUCUCGUUAUAAGUAUGUCCGAUCCGAAUCGUCGUCGGCGCGGGCGCGGGCGCGGACGCGGGACGAGAGUAUCGUCUCUCGAAAUAUAUAAAAGCGUAUAUGUGGGGACAAGUUGGCACGCGACGCGACGCGACGUGUCGUUCUUCCAAUAAAUCGACCAACUUUAGGAGCGCCGAACGCGGGGACUCGCGGCCACUGAGGCCACUGGCGCGAAAAAAGGGGAUUCGCGGCAAAGAGCAAAGGCGCGAAGCGAGAAUAAUGUGCUUCGCGACAACCGGAACGACAGGGCCGACCGGGCCGACGGGACGCGCGGCCACGUUUACUAACGUCGUCGAUGACGGAAUUAAAAUAGAUACAGGAGUAACGCGUAACGCGUAUCGAGGAGCCGGCCACGGCGCGACGCUCUUUUAGUGGGAGGCGCUAAAAUUAGAGGUGCCCACGCGCGAGUAUAAGCCUGGCCGGCCAGGCGACGAAACAGGCGCGUUUCGUCGCGGGUACAGCUUCCUGCGUUUCCUCCUUAGCGAACGCGCGAACACACUUCCAAAUAGUCCUUUCAACCGAUAAGACGUAUAGACGCCGCGAUCCGCUUCGGCGCGGCACGAGACGCGAGGGCGCGAGAGCCUGAGCCUGAGAAUCGCGAGAGACGGCGACAAUCGUGAUAUAUGUAUAUAUAGUGAUUAUGGCUCUACCACGUUCUAUUAGCCGGCAAGCGAUAAACGACGAUUUCGUGAUCCGAUAAACGUGUAAACACGCCUCGGAGAGUCGGAGACCUUGCCGACCUUGCCGACCUUGGCAAGCGGACUAGAAGAGAUGCCCACUCGUCGAUCGAUAAUCGGUCGAUCGUUAGCCAUCAGAUACCUCCUCGUGGGAUGCAUCGUGUCGUUGUCGACGAGUCUCGCGCAAGUCGAAGGCAGGAAGUGCGUGUGUACGAGCAAGGCCUGCAAAGAAGCUGGCGUAGAUACUUGUAGAACGAGAUUCUUCUGUUACACCGAACUUAUCGUGACAACGGGACGAGAAAUCGGUGAAAGUACGACCACAAGAGGAUGUACGGAGGGUGCCACGCCAUUGUUGUGCGAAACAAAGUCCUGGGUCACAAAGUCGCGGUCGGUCAACGCCGUGGAACUGUCGUCGGCGAGUCCCAGGAUUCUCGUGCCCUGGCCCAGAUUGAAAUGUUGCAACAGCCACGACUACUGCAACGCUGAUGCUGAUGCUGACGACGACGACGACGACGACGACGACGACGACGACGAGAACGCGAGCAUCACAUGGACGCGCGAGAGAAAGAUUCAGAUGGAUCAGACGCGUUCUACGGUGGAUCGCGGGGUAUUGAUGGGCGAUCUAACGUCAACGAAUCGUGAUACGAUGCUAACGUUGCGGCCUGAUCGAAAGUAUGAAGAUUCGACAGAAUCGGCUGACCGACUUCUCCGGAAUCGCAUCAAGGCGCUACAUAUUGCCGCUCUCGUCCUUGCUAUCGCAGCUCUCAUAUCCGUCCUGGCAUCUUGCUACGUGGUUACAAGGUUCGCAUAUCUCUUUUCUCACAUCUGUAUCCAUAUAUGUAAAUUAAUCCUUUAUGUACUGCAAAUCAAUUGACUGCAAAAGGUCUGAUCUCGAAGAGAAAUCAAUACCGAUCAAGUAUCUUGUUACAUUUUCUUAAACUUAUAUUUUAAUAUUUUAAUAUAAUAAAAAAUUCCAAGACCCAUAUUCUGAACGCACUUUUAUCGAUAAAAGAACGUUCAGAAUAUGGGUCUAAAUAAAACAUGUACGUUAGAAUUGAAAAAUUAAAUAAAAUUAUAUA